UUCUCGCGUAUACUGGUCUUAUUGGUUCGAUUCCCCUUUUUCCCGUCCUCCGCUUUGACGCGCCCCUCCCCCUCCGCGCGGCCAGCAGUCAGGUCCCGUCCCGUUCACUUUUGGGGGGGAGGGAGGCGGGGGGGAAACACCGGACUGUAGCGCGCGCGCCUAGCCGGUGGACAUUCCGCCUUCUCUCGGUGAAAAAAAAUUCCCAACAAUGACGGCGCGCGACGCACAACUCUCCCGGACGCACCAGAUUCUCCACCGAACCGGAGUCGCUGCUGUCCGCCGUGGAAUGCGCGUGUCUCCCCCGACAGAGGUGUAGUGUGCCCCAUCCGUCCGUCAACCGUCAAGACAGUUUCGGAGUUCGGCGCAGCGCGGGACGCGACGCCACAAACGAUGCCGUUCUGCAAACGGACGAUACUUCCGAAAGAUGUGUGCCGCCGACGACGAGGGGGGGAGGACAGCGACGCGAACGCACCGAUCGCGGGCUUCGUGGACCUGGUGGACGUGUGCGGCUUCACGCUGUGCGCGGUUCUCCGCCAGCUCUCGGACCUGUCCCGCCACUCGGUCCGCAUCCUCGAGGAGCUGGAGGGCGAUCUGGUGGCCGUGUGUCGCCGCUCUGGUGCGCUCGAGGGGAAGCUGGUCGGCCUGCAACGGCACGUCGCUGCGCUGGUCAGCAAACCGCCUCCGAAAAUCAGUGGUCUUGAGGCGGAGGGCAGCAGCAGCGGCGGCGCUAGCAGGCGAGCGGGCACCAGCAGCAACAGCUGCCACGGCAACAGCGGCGGCGGCGGAGGAGCGGCGUCCUCCAGCAGCAGCCACGGCAGCGCUGGGCCGGCCCACUCUGGGUCUCCAUGGCAACAGAGUGUGAACGUGUUCGGCUCGUGGAGCCGGCCGGACUGCGUGGAGGAGCUCCACCAGCAAGCCCAGCAGAACCUCCAGAGCCUGCUGCAAGAGUCCGCCCCCAAGGCGUUCGGCAUCCCCCUCUCCCAGGUGAUCGCCAACGACCGCGCCCACAAGCAGCGGCAGGACGCGCUGAAGGAGAGCCGGCGGGACUGCCUGGACCUGGAGGCGUCCGUCCUGCGCUUCAGGGCCGAGAAGAGACAGCUCUGCAACGGGGGCGGCCCCGGGGCCCUCUGCUCCACGCCGGAGGCCGCCGGAGGAGGGGACCUCACCUGCAAGCCGCUGUCGCCCCGGUCCCGGGACGCCACCGGGCGCGUGCAGAGGAGGGGCGGUCUCUCGGUGGACUCCAUCUCUGACCUUGUAGAGAGCCAGUCCCGCCUGCUGGAGGCGCUGCAGCUCUCCCACCCGGCGGAGCUGGGCCUGAAGAAGUCCCAGGGGGGCGGGGGGUCGUCAGACGGCGGGACCCAGACCAAGCUCAGCCUGAACCCCAUCUACAGACAGGUGCCCCGCGUGCUGGAGCGCUGCUGCUGCCACAUCGAGAACCACGGUCUUCAGACUGUGGGGAUCUUCAGAGUCGGUAGCUCUAAAAAGAGAGUACGACAGCUGCGGGAGUCUUUCGACGUGGGGACCGACGUGCACCUGGACGAGGAGCACAGUGUUCACGACGUGGCGGCGCUCCUCAAGGAGUUCAUCAGGGACAUGCCGGACCCCCUGCUGCCCCGGGAGCUGUACCCCGCCUUCCUCCACGCCAACCUCUUGAGGGGUACGGACCAGCUCCAGUACCUGCAGCACCUGCUCUUCCUCCUCCCUGCGUGUAACUGUGACACGCUGCUGCGCCUCCUCACGCUCCUCCACAUCGUCCAGAGCUACGCCCAGGACACCACCGGACCCCAGGACCAGGAGAUCCCAGGUAACAAAAUGACGGCUCCUAACCUGGCGGUGAUCUUCGGGCCCAACCUGCUGCAGGGGGAGUGGGGGGCUGGGGCCGGGGGCGGGGGCGGAGCCGACCUGGGCAUCGAGGACAGCACCGCCAUCAUCAACGUCACACUGGUCCUCAUACAGACCUACAGGAGGCUCUUCACUGUCUCUGCUGAACUGCAGCAAGAGGUAUUGAUGAGUCUGAUCCAGACUGAUCCAGAUGUUAUUGAUUACCUUCUUCGCAGGAAACACAGCGGGUGUCAGGUGACCCCGGAGGGCGGCGGCGGCAGCGGGCGCAGCAGCGUGAGCAGCGUGCAGAGCGGCGGGCGGAGGGACACAGGGGCGUCGCUGGACUCGGUCGGGGUGUACAGCGGGAGCCUGUCCCCCCUGGAGCCCCCCUCCCCCCUCUUCCCCCCCGACGGCCAGGGGGGCGAGAUCAGCCUCAGCAGCGAGGUCUUCCUCAACGUCAUCAAACUGCACCAGAACAGGAAGAAGCAGGAGAACCGCAACGGAGGCUCGGAGGGGCCGUCCAGUAAAUCCAUCCGUCACAUCAGGCAGUUCCACUCCCACCACAACCUCCUCAGCCUGGUCAGCUCCUCCACCUCCAGCUCCACCUCCACCUCCUCCCUGUGCGCCUCCUCCCCCCGACUCCAGGGCCAGGAGUCGUUGGACAGGGAGGCCCAGGAGAGGAGGUGCACCAUGGGCUUCAGCCUGGGUGGAGGAGGAGGUGGAGGGGUUGGAGGAGGAGGAGGAGGAGUAGGAGGAGGAGGAGGUGAGGCCGGGGGAGGGAGCGUGUGGGUGAGUCGGAACCCUCCCGCAGGGGAGGAGAAGACCUCCCCCGUCAGCAACUUCUGGGACUUCUUCACGGGGAAGGGAUCGAGCUCUGAGACGGUGGUUUGAAGAGGAGGAGGAGGAGGAAGAAGAGGAAGAGGAGGAGGAGGCUGGGAUCGGAUGAGGAUGAAGAGAAAGGAGGGGGGAGGAGAGAACGGAUCAGGGUCACACCAUGUGAUGAAGAAUAGGAGGAAGGGCAAAGAUGGAAAGGGGAGAAGGAUGAAGAUGAACACGAUGUUGGAAAUAUGAAGAUGAGGAGUGACCGUGAAGAAGAUGAAGUGAGAUGAGUGAAACGAUUUCUCGGAGUGAACAGCUGUCGUUUUUUUCCCCGUCGUUUUCUGCAUGGCGAGGACGUGCGUGUUGGAAAGCAGGAUAUGAUGUCAUGACAUUUUAUCCACUUCCUGGUCACAAGAUUAUUUUUUAGAG